CUGUGGAUGAGCGCCGUCUCGACGUGCAGACGUGAGUGCACUCCGCUGCAUCCACUGUUAUCGGGCUACCGGCCGCGGUUCGGCGUCGCACGCUUCGGGAAAUUUGUGACAUCGUUUCGAAUAUUUAUAAAAAAAUUGAAUAAUGGUUCCAACUUUAAGAACGAGACACUGAAGUCUAUACUUUUUUAAAUCCGUGAAGAAAAUAAUAAAAUGUCUGCCCAAUCGAAUAUUGCGGACGAGCACGACGGCCAAUUCAACCUGGACGGAAUCCUAAGCGAGUUGGGCAGCUUCGGCAAAUACCAGCUGUUCCUGUUGCUGCUGCUCGCCUUCCGAGACUCAUUUCUUAACAUGUGUAACUUCAAUUACGUCUUCACUGCAGCUGAGGUUCCUUUCAGAUGUCGUAUACCAGAAUGCGAGACAUCGGUCCUGGGUUUGAACUCGUCGUGGGCAAUCGCGACAUCUAACGCGACGUGUCGUCGACCUGUCCUCGCCGCGCCACUGAACUUCAACACCUGCGACCCGAGGAUGUUUGAGAGCAAUCACACGGCCGAGUGCGAUGACGUGGUUUAUGAGGAUUACAAUAGUAUUGUUGCUGAGUUUGACUUGGGCUGUCAACCGUGGAAGAGAACUCUCAUUGGAACCGUCCACAAUCUAGGACUAGUUUUUUCCUUCGUCGUCUCUGGAUUUAUAUCAGACAGAUACGGCAGGAAAGUGAUAAUAGUUGGUACGCCACUUAUGGUCGGCAUUGCGGGUCUCCUCAAGUCUUUUGCCUUUGAUUACUGGACCCUGCUCGUGUUAGAGUUCUUAGAAACCGCGCUGGGAUAUGGCAACGCUUCGAUGGUUUUAUCCCUAGAGUCAGUAAGUCAAAAAAGCAGGGUAGCGUUUUCUUGCAUAUCUGACAUUUUAUCGAGUCUGGGUGGAGCGUUCUUUGGACUCAUCGCGUGGAAAAUUCCUUACUGGAGACAUAUGAUGCGCGCCAUUUAUGCGCCACUUUUAAUUGUGGUGUUCUACAUAUUUCUCGUCGACGAAGGAGUUAGAUGGCUUUUAGCUCAUAACAGAAAGGAUGAAGCAGUCCGCGUACUCAAUAAAGUAGCGAAAAUUAAUAAUAUCACACUUUCCAAUAAAGCUAAGGAAAUGCUAACAAAGAUAACGGAAGAGAGAAAUAAAGCAGACGAGGUUGGUCAGUCAGCUCCAGUAGAAAGGCCCAAAAUGUCAUCAGUCCUCCGAUCAAAAACUAUACUCGUCCGAAUGGCAAUCAUAGCAGCUUGCUUGUUUUGGUGUAUGUUCGUAUAUAGUGGUGCCAUGAUCAACUCCACCAGCAUUUCAGGCAGCAAAUACCUCAACUUUUCUGCCAUGAUGCUAGUGUCAGUACCACCGAGAAUUAUUACAGCUUUGACAUUAACAAAAUUUGGUAGAAAAACGCCUAUUUGUGUUGCGUAUUGUUUGUGUUCACUGUUCUUUAUGGCGUCCGCUUUUGUACCUAAAUCUAUCUGGUGGGCUUCUGUAAUUUUCUACAUGGCGGGUAAGAUGUGCAGCAGUUAUGGCAUCUUCUCAGUACAAGUGGUGGCGAUGGAGUUAUUUCCAACUACGUCCCGUAACUCUCUGACCAAUAUCGCCACCACCGUCGGCCGGCUCGGCUCUGUGCUAGCUCCACAGACACCUUUGCUAGACCAGUUUAUGCCCGGUCUGCCCAGCGUAGUGUUUUCUUUGGCAGCGCUGGGUCCGGCGCUGCUGGCUCUUCUUCUCCCGGACACGAGUCGCAUGGCGCUACCUGACAGGAUCUGUGAUGCUGAGCGCAUUGACGCCACGAAUGACUCCAAUACUAAUAUUAGCAAUGCAUGAAAGCGACUUAACCUACGUGUAGUGAGUUUCAAUCCGCCUAUAUUAAGAGAAAGACUGUGAGUUAUUGACUACAAAGAUCUGUAUAUAGUACAAUGUUAUUUUGCUUAACCAUAAUAACAAUAAGUAUUUAUUUAAUCUAAUGAUUUUAUUUAUUAAAAUAGUGUUAUCGUU